ACACUGGUUUUAUGCAGGUGUAACUCCAUCGACUUCACUGGAAGAAUCCUGAUUUACACUGGGAAUCACUCUGAACUGAGAUUGCUAGUGGCUGCAGCCUGCUUAAGGAAAAGCAAAUCCUCUCCUGCCUUUCUGGAAAAUGAUGGAAAAUGAAGUGUUUGCAUCGUUUACUUUCUACAGCACAAUCUUGAUUAUAAAAAUGUAUGUUCUCGCCAUUAUUACAGGACAAGUGAGGCUCAGAAAGAAGGCUUUCGCCAAUCCAGAGGAUGCCCUGAGGAACGGAGGGCUGCAGUACUGUCGAGAGGACCCAGACGUGGAGCGAUGCCGCAGGGCCCAUCGCAAUGACAUGGAGAACAUUUUCCCCUUCCUCUUCCUUGGGGCCGUCUACUCCCUGCUGGACCCCAAUCCCAUCGUGGCAAGGAUCCACUUCCUGAUCUUCUGCGUGGGACGGAUAGUUCACACCGUGGCAUACCUUCUGCGGCUGAAAGCUCCCACACGCUCCGUGGCCUACAGCGUGGCACAACUGCCCUGCUUCUCCAUGGCGCUGCAGAUUCUCUUCGCGAUCAUCACACACUGGUAACAUUAAAGAUAACCCGCUGCUGCUGGUGCUGCAACGUGGAUUGGAAAGACACGCCUUUGCCGCUUUCCCAAGAGAAGGACUCAUUCUGCUGUGGCUUCAGUGUCAGCAUCUCUCAUCUGGGCAGAGCUCAGGGCUCUGGGAAAUCUCCUCUGGAUGUGUGCAAGGCCCUAUUUCCAGGAGUAGGCUGCAGAGGUGGAAGGAUGUGCUCCUCGCAGCUGGGUGCUCGUACAUUAAGUACUCAGUAAUGCCACUGCAUUAGUACCACAGCAAUAGCAUUGUGGUGUCUUCCAAUCUUCUCGCUGGCGACCUGGGGGGAGGGUUCUUGAGGGGGAGAGGGAAUGACGCCAAGUUAAGAACACAACUAAACCAGGAAGUGGUGAAAAGUCUCUAAGUAGCCUGGCCCCAUCACUAUGGGGAGAGAAAAGCGGGAGACACUUGGUCCCCCUAACUCACUUCGAUGGGAGUGUGUACGGUGAAGAGAGAUGAUGUCUCAUCUCCUCUCUUCUGCAAGAAUACCUGGUGAUGUAGCGAAAAAGCUAUAGUAGGAACAAACUGAGUCUUUGUUUUAAACAAACCCCUGCCCCCAAAACCUCAUUUUUACUCUUUGAUUAGAGAGACCUGACUUUCCUUUUGUUUGUUUGUUUGUUUGUUGUUUGUUUAAUCUCCUACACGGGAAGGAAACAAUUUGGUGGUGCAGCAUCUGACACUGCCGGGCAAAUCUCUGCUAGGAAACAGAACCCAAAGGGUUCAAUCUUUCAGAGGGUGGCAGUAAAAACACAGAGGGAAUCAGAACUAGUGCAGGUCCCCCUUCCAAACCCAAAUUACAUCAUCAAUCCAAAGAGGCAGCUCUCCUCUGGGCCUCUGAGAUCAAGAUUUCACUUGACUGUGAACUCCAGAGCAGACAGCUCCAUUUGAGAAGGGGGAGUUGGCUCUGGGCACAUCAAGCUAUCUUGAGGCUCCGUUCUGGAAAGAGCAGUGAGCUGAAAAGGAGUUUGGGGUGCUCAGCACGGAUCUGGGCCUUUUCUAUUUCCUACAGGUACCUAGAUGUUCUGUCAUUUCUACAUAGCUUCAUAUGAGGUGCAGGGCUGAAUGGAAGACCGCAAACCUGCGUAUAUUACACUGUUCCCCUCUUGUGCUUCCUUGGAGUUACGAAGUAUAUAGUCAUCGUAAAAUGAAUAGUAUGUGUUCCUCUUCUCUACCAUUCCUUAUGCCUCUCUGUAUACGUCUGUGAACCAGGCAGAAUACCACCUCGUGCCUCUGUUCGGAGCAAAGUCCUUUGACGUGCUUGGAUAAAAAGGGCUAUUAAAGCAUGUAACACACAGAGGCAGAAGCAGCGCUUUCCUGGGUGACCUCUUGGCCCCUCCUAACUUUCCCCUGGUACAAGGUUGCCUUCUUAAAGGAGCUCUCUUCCCACCAUGCCUUGCUGGAGCUGGCCCUUUAAAUUUGGCAGAGCCAAGGAGCUGCAGCCCUAAAGCAGCCAUAUUUGGUGAGUGGCUGCAUCUCCUGCCUUCCUUCCUAGCUGGUGAGUCUCUCUCUCCUGUUCAGUUUUCUUUUGCUCCUGAGGAUGGGCCAUUCUCACCAACUGCAUGAUGAUGUUACCCUAGGAAAUAAUGUUAGUCCUCUUCCUGCUCCCCUCCCAUGACAAACAAGGAGUUAAUUACACAGCCAGGAAGGGCAAAUUGGAGCAGGAGCUGGAACCCUGCGGCAUGUGCCAUUAUGUCCCUUGCUGAGCUGGAGAUGGUGUGUUGGCAGCCUGGUAGGCUAGAGAAGUUCAGGUAGGGGAUGAUUGCUCUCCCUUGCUGCAUCAGGAGCUUGGGAUGGGGGUGGCAACAGGCCUCCCUGGUACAGUCUGAAUUUUGUGGUUAGGAGUUUUCCCUCCUUGUAAGUGAAGAUGAGUUAAAGUAUUUUUUCCACCCCCCUUUUUUUAGAAAGAGGGGCAGCUGGUGAGGUUCUAAAUCAUCCUGGGUUUUGCCCUGUCUCAGGACCCAUUUAGCUGACUCCUGUUCUCUUCAACCCUGCCUCUGCCUUCAAAGUGUAGGGAGGGAGGGAAGAGCUGGAUAAAAUGAGACCUUGAUCUGACCCAUUGUUGCUUUUUGGGGGUGGGGGAGUAGG